AUGGCCAUGCAAUUCAUGUUGGACAGACUCUCAGUUCUCUUCUUGUCCCUGACUCUUCUUGGAUAUGCACGAGCUGAUCUAGUCGUCUUUGAGGCGGGUCUAAUUGCCAAUAGCAGUAAUGUUGCUCUGGCAGGAACUCUUUCGCAGGCGUGCAUCACUGCGAUGGAAGAGACUGUGACUUGCGAUCCGUACUUGCGAGCUCAAAUCAUGAGCGAUGAUUUCGCCUACCUUGACCCAUCGGUGCGCGACAUAAUGUGUACCUCUGCUUGUGGCCAGUCCCUAGCAACCUACCACGCCGAUGUCGAGAGCGCCUGCGCAAGCAGUCCCCAGCCAUGGGAUAAUACGCCGGCGACGUUUUAUGGUGAUCAGAUCUGGGCUCAAUACAAUAUCUCAUGUUUCAAGGAUUCAGCUGGAAAUUACUGCCAAAAUGUCCUCGCCAAUCUGACCGUUCCAGAUAGUGAUACUUCCAUGGCAGGACUGACGAGCUCGAUAGUAUGCUCAGAAUGUCUCCUUCUACUGGGGCAGACUAUCCAGUCGACGCCGUUCAGCAAUUAUGACAGUGUCAUAGCCAGUGAAUGGGCGGCCAUCCAGGCAACCUGCGGCGUGUCCUUCCCAACAGAGGUACAGCCAGUGGCUAGCAACCAAACAGACCUGCCUGGGUAUGCACCAGCGGGGUAUGACACGGCCAAGUGUGCUUCAGGCAAGACAUACACGGUCGUGUCUGGUGAUGAUUGUGGAAAAAUUGCCUCGAGCCAGGGUGUUCCUCGUGGAUCUCUGAUCGCGAUCAACAACAUCCUCCCGACCUGUUCUGAUCUUUGGAUCGGACAAACGCUCUGCCUACCGGAUACUUGUGAACUGUACACAAUCCAGUCCGGGGAUACCUGCAUGGCCAUUGUGAAUGCCAAUGAUAUCACACUAAUCCAACUUCUCUCGUGGAAUUCGUUCAUUAAUGCCGGAUGUUCCAACCUUCUAGCAGGCGAUCAACUCUGUAUCCAGCAGCCUGGCCCUGUCUGGACAGGCACCACGAUCGCUGGCGCAACCGCCACCAAGACUGGCAUUUAUGCAACUGAGACUGUCGCUGCACCUGGAUCAGUAGCUCAUGAUACAACAACAUCAUGUGGAAAGUAA